UCUAGUGAUGGACAGCCGUAUGGAAUCGGUACCACAUGAUUAUUAUCCAUCAUUUUGGAUAAAUUUCAAAAUUCUUUCUCAUUUAUUAUAUCAUGGUUGUUGCAAUCGGUUUUGAAGGAUCGGCCAAUAAAUUAGGUAUUGGUAUUGUUCGCGAUGGUGAAGUAUUGGCCAAUCCUCGUGUCACUUAUAUAACACCACCAGGUGAAGGAUUUCAGCCAAGAUUUACCGCCGUUCAUCAUCGAUCUCGAAUAUUGAAUCUUCUAAAAGAAGCUUUAGAUAUCAGUGGUCUUGAACCAAAAGAUAUUGAUGUUAUCUGCUAUACUAAAGGACCAGGAAUGGGAGCACCAUUAGUUUCUGUUGCUGUUGUUGCUCGAUGUUUAUCUUUAUUAUGGAACAAACCAAUCAUUGGAGUAAAUCAUUGCAUUGGACAUAUCGAAAUGGGACGUUUAGUAACCGGAUCAAAUAAUCCAACCGUUUUAUAUGUCAGUGGAGGCAAUACACAAGUGAUUGCCUAUAGUGAGAAAAGAUAUCGUAUUUUUGGUGAAACUAUUGAUAUUGCUGUUGGUAAUUGUUUGGAUCGAUUUGCACGACUCCUAAAACUCUCAAAUGAUCCUAGUCCUGGUUAUAACAUUGAACAAAUGGCUAAAAAGGGUAAAAAAUUUGUUCAUCUACCCUAUGUAGUCAAAGGAAUGGAUGUUUCAUUUUCCGGUAUUAUUUCCUAUAUUGAACCGAAAAUUGAAAAAUGGCUUGAAAGCGGUGAAUACACUAAAGAAGAUCUAUGUUUUUCCGUUCAGGAAACAAUGUUUGCCAUGUUGGUCGAAACAACUGAACGUGCUAUGGCUCAUACCGGAUCCGAUGAAGUUUUGAUUGUAGGCGGUGUUGGUUGUAAUCUUAGAUUACAGGAAAUGAUGCGUAUAAUGGCUGAAGAACGGAAUGCUAAAUUACAUGCUACCGAUGAUCGAUAUUGUAUCGAUAAUGGUGCUAUGAUUGCCUAUGCAGGUGCAUUAAUGUAUAAAUCUGGACAAACGACUGAUUUUGAUGAUACAUUUUGUACACAAAGAUUUCGAACGGAUGAUGUUCUAGUCACAUGGAGAGAUUAGGAUAUUAUUAUUUUUUGAAUAAAAUUUUUUUUGAAUAUGA